AUGGUUUCCAUUCCAGUAUUGAAUUUGGGUUUAGAAGCAUGGAGAACAGAAGAAGUCAAAACAGCAUGCGAUGCUUCGUAUGAAAAACAUGUUAUUCUCUUCGGCAUUUUCCUCUUUGUGGUUUCUCUAAUGGGUUUCGUAGGUGCUUGUUUUCGAUCGUUCAAAAUUCUAGGGUUCUAUCUCCUUAUCCUAUUCUUGGCAUUCUUUUUUCUAUUCUACAUCAACAUCUUCAAUCUUGUUGAUCGUUACAAAGGCGAUGCUUGGAUGCAGGAAAAGGUUAACAAUAACUACAGUUGGAAUAGGAUUAAGAGUUGUUUGCAACCUCAACAAUUUUGCGGAUCUGAAAAUCGUAAUGAUUUUCGUAAAUCAUACGCUGAUCACUUCUCACCUAUUCAGAAUAGUUGUUGCAAACCUUCAAGCGACUGCGGUUUUACUUAUCUGAAUUCAACAACUUGGACGAAGCCUGAAAAUGUUACUUAUACCAACCCUGAUUGUGAUGCUUGGAAGAACAAUCCAAACAUUUCGUGCUUCGAUUGCCAAUGUUGCAAGGAUGACGUAGUAAAACUCAUGAAGUCGGAUAGGGACACGACGAAUAUUGUUUGCAUUAUCUCACUUUUGUCGAUGGCUAAGAUGCUCCAUAUCGCUACCUCUGCAUUCGGGUAUACAGUGUUGAUACGAAUCCGCAAGUAUACUGUUUUUUCAAGUAGUAAAAAGAUUAUCGUUCCUCAGAGGGUUUAUAUGAAUAAUAAUCUUGUUUUUAAUUCUGAUUAG